CCAUGGGAUGACUAUGAGGGAGGCUGGGCAACGAGUACAACCAAAUUUGAGUCGCUUCACUGUUGCCUCCAUCAUCAGAACCUUCAGGGAGGAAAACAGGACACAGAGACGACCACCUGGUGGAGGCAGGUUAAGGCUUUUGUCGGAGGAGCAAGAGAGGGAACUUGUAAACAUGGUAAUUGCAAAUAAUGUAAUCCGCCUGCAAGAGAUUCAAAGGAGAGUGAUUGAGGAUGAUCAUCUUUUUCGAGGCAUAAAUGCCAUCAGCCUCUCCACAAUUGACCGCAUCCUCCGAAAGAAUCAAUUCCGGAUGAAACAGGCAUACCGAGUCCCUUUCGAACGAAACUCUGACAGAGUGAAAAACCAACGUGUGGAAUAUGUUCAGAGAAUCUUUGAGAUUGAAGGACGGCCUGUUCCCCAUGAAAUUAUCUUUGUGGAUGAGGCAGGUUUUAACCUGACCAAAAGAAGGAAAAGGGGGAGGAACAUAAUUGGCCAUCGGGCUAUUGUAAAUGUCCCUGAAAAGACCAAAGCAGACCCCUGGACGGGGGUCAGCCAGCAGACACAGUGCAGAAGCCCCAGGGGGCCCCGGCGAAGAGCCCGCAGGCUCCACCGGCACCCGGCUGUGCCAGAGCAGACCACGCACCAGGCCCAGAGUCCUGAGACUCAAGGACCCCCCCCACACCUCAGCAGGGGCCCGACAGAGCCAAGGGGGCCAGGCCACACCAAGCAGAUGCCAGGACUGACUCAGUACACACCUGAGCACCCAGCCCUGGACAGGUGGACUGAAGGUCCACCAGUGAGACAUGAAGACCCAGGAUAA